UUAGCUCUUAUGGCAUAUGAUCGUUAUGUGGCCAUAAGCUGGCCACUGCGAUAUCCCAUCAUCAUGAGAAUGCCAAUGUGCAUACAGAUGGCUGGGAUAUGCUGGUUUGGAGGUUUUUUCAAUGCUGCAGCACUAACAGUAUGCACGGUAAAUUUUCCCUUCUGUGGACCAUAUGAAAUCAACCAUUUCUUUUGUGAAGCACCAGCUGUGCUUCAACUAGCUUGCCUGGACACUUAUAUGAUAAAGGUCUUCAUAUUUGCUCUGAGUGUAAUUGUCCUCAUGCUGCCUCUUGGCUUUAUAAUGCUCUCCUACCUCCAGAUUGCCAGAGUAAUCUUCAAUAUGAAUUCAACUGAGGGGCGACAACGGGCUUUCUCUACUUGUGCCACACAUCUCAUCAUUGUUGUGUUGUUCUACAGCACCAUCAGCUUCACAUACUUGCAGCCCCAGUCUGACCUCUCUGCAGAUCAAGAAAAGAAAGCUGCUGUGUUCUAUUCUUUGGUCUCUCCUAUGAUGAACCCUGUCAUCUACAGCCUCAGGAACAAAGAUGUUAAAGAGGCCUUAGUUAAAGUAAUGGGAAUUAAAGUGAAUUAA